UCACUGCAGAAGAAGAAGCGGAGCGAAUGAUCUGCUCGAGAGAGAAAAGGAGGAAAGCACGGAGGAGAAAUACAGGGUUUCCAGGAGGUCGAAGCUCUUGGUGGACCAGGUCAGGUCCCCUUUAAUCUGUGAGGAUGUCCUCUGAUGUGAUGAGUCGUGAGGAUGGAGAAGUCACCAUAACCAUCCAGCUCACGGACUCCGGAGGCUCUGGGGACUCUGGGAGCUGCUCUAAGGCGGUGGGCACAGACCUCACCAUGAUGGACAUCGGCGCCCUGGAGGACCUGCAGAGUGAAAACACGCAGCUGAGGAGGCUGGUGGCGUCGCUGGAGGCCAGACUGAAGCGGUGGAGGGAAGAAGGAGAGCAGCACUCCGAGGGGACAUUUGAAGACUUGGGGAAUGAAGACAGCAGAGACCAGCUCACAGUGCAGGAGCUGGAGGAUGAACCAAGUCUGUUAUCUGUCUUUAAAGCAGAACCAAAUCCGAAAGAAAUAACUUCAUUUGUACAUGCUGGAGGAGAUGAUAAGCCCAGCCUGCUGUCUUUUACUAAAACUGAACUAACUGCUGCAGAAACAAAGGAUGUAGUAUGUGAAAAUGAAAAAGAAAACCAGCACAUGCCUCAGAACCUUCCAGAAAACCCCAGUCUCUCUUCCGUCUGUAAAACUGAACCAAACCAGACGGAAAUACCUUACCACAUGUACAGCGAGGACGAACAGCAAGCACCAUUGGAUCUUUGUGCAGCGAGGCCGGUAGACAGCAGGACGUCCAGUAAUGCGAAAUCGAAUGCUCCAAAAAUCCCAGGUGAGCCCAGCCAGUUGUCCACCAAUACUGAGAAAAGUAUCUCUACAUCUCACCCGGUGGACAUCCACAUGAAAUCCCACAGUGGACUGAAGCUUUACUCUCAGUAUGGCAUCGCCUUCGCUAAAUCAUCUCCUCUUAAAAGAUAUACGAGGUUACCCGGUGACGAUAGACGUUUCCAGUGCUUUCAGUGCAGUAAAACAUUUGCCCAGCUGAGAGACUUCAAAAUCCAUUACAGGACACAUGUGGAGGGGCGGUCCUACCAGUGUUCCCAGUGCGAUAGGAGUUUCAUUUGCUUGGCAAGCCUUACCAUCCAUCAGAAGGUUCACAGUGGGGAGAAGGUCUACAAGUGCGCCCAGUGCGAUCAAACGUUCACUCACACAGCAGACCUUAAGAAACACCGCAGAAUCCACAUACGAGAGAAGCCUUACCCGUGCUCCGCCUGUGGAAAGAAGUUCUCGCAGCUGUCGAUACUUAAAAUCCACGAGAGGAUGCACACCGGAGAGAAGCCUUACCAGUGCUCCCAGUGUGGCAAGACUUGCACGAGGUUAGACAACCUCAAAAUCCACCAGAGGAUGCACACCGGAGAAAAGCCCUACAAGUGCCCUGUCUGCGGCUUGCAGUUCUCCUACUCGUCAAUCCUCAAGAAUCACCAAAGGACGCACACCAAAGAAAAGCCUUACCAGUGCUCUCAGUGCAAGAAGACGUUCACUCACUCUGCGAGCCUCACCAACCACCAGAGGAUACACACCGGAGAGAGACCCUACCAGUGCCCCGAGUGCGACAAGACGUUCGUGCGGUUGAGCGACCUCAAAACCCACAACAGGACGCACACUGGAGAGAAGCCUUACGAGUGCUCGCAGUGUGGGAAGAAGUUCUCCCACCCCUCAAACCUUAAAAACCACCAGAGGACGCAUCUGGAAGUGAAGCCUUACAGGUGCAGCCAGUGCGGUAAAACUUUCAGUCGCUCGACGUACCUCACAGCGCAUCAGAGGAUACAUACAGGAGAGAAACCCUACCAGUGCUCGCAGUGUGACAAACCGUUUGCACGGCUGAGCGACCUGAAAGCCCACUACAAAAUACAUACUGGGGAGAAGCCCUGCCUGUGCUCCAUCUGCGGAAAGGGUUUCAUCAAAUCGUCUGCGCUUCACAGGCACAAGCUGACUCAUAAAAACAGUACUGUAAUGUAGUGUUUCACUUCUGAGACACUCACAAAGCACUGCUAAGGCAUUUCCUUGGUUGCGCAGUAAUACUGUGUGUGGUGAGCAGUACGGCAGAAGUAUAGUAUACUGUGUAUUAUUGAAAUGUCUUGACUUAUCACGAUGCAUCACAAUAUUUUGAGGUUUGAUAAGAUGGAAGGGACAAAAAGAAGCAGUAAUUGCAACACUUGAAAAUUUACACAUUCAGAAAUUUAGAAAUACAGCAAAACUGUAUGCCCCCCCCACAUUUCACAAACUGUUCUCUAACAUCCAGUUAAGCAGGACUAACUAUGCUCUGCUUGUAACUAAGCAUCCAGUUGACCAGUAUUUUCUGAAGCCCUGCUGGUGACAUCCUGUAUAAAUUAAAAUAAUGUGUGGCUACUCCGUAUUAGCAUAUGGGAAUGAGAUCCUAAUGCAGGGGUGCACAACUCUGGUUCUAGAGGACCG